AUGUCAGACCAGAACAAGACGAUGAAGGCUGUACGAUUCCAUGGCAAGGAAGAUCUCCGCUUCGAGGAUAUCCCAGAGCCAGUGUGUGGUCCUGGUCAAGUGAAAGUGAAGCCUGCAUGGUGUGGGAUUUGUGGAAGCGACCUCCAUGAAUACAUGGGUGGGCCAUCUCUUUGUCCAGAAUCAACUCCGCAUCCGAUCACGGGUGAAACAAUUCCAUUGACUUUCGGGCACGAAUUUGCCGGAAUCAUCGAAGAGGUCGGUGAGGGUGUCUCGGAGAGAUUCAAGGUGGGCAGUAGGGUCGUUGUUGCACCCAUCAUCUUCGACGGAGACUGUGGCGCAUGCCAAGAUGGCCUCGUGAACUGUUGUUGGUCGAAUGGGUUUAUAGGUCUCAGUGGUUGGGGCGGUGGACUUUCAGAGCACCUGGUCGUUCCGGAGUACACUCUGUACAACUGCCCUGACAAUGUACCUUUGGACGUUGCUGCGCUCGUUGAGCCCUUGGCAGUUGGCUGGCAUGCCGUGAAUUCAUCGCCCUUCAAGAGAACAGACACGGCUUUGAUCCUUGGUGGAGGACCCAUUGGUCUGUCUGUGAUCCAGGCCCUUCGAGCUCGUGGCUGCCCUCAAAUCAUCGUUUCUGAGGUUUCGAAGAUGCGGAAGGAUUUCGCCAAGGAGUUUGGAGCGCAUGUCGUGCUAGAUCCCACGCAAGAUGACAUCGUUGCAAGAUGUCUCGAGCUGACCAACAAGAAAGGGGUGGACGUGACCUUUGACGCUGCUGGCGUGCAGGUCGGUUUAGAUGCAGCAGUAAACGCUCUGAAGGCUCGCGGCACACACGUCAAUAUUGCAAUCUGGGAGAAAAGAUGUACCCUCUGGCCAAAUGACCUCGUCUUUAAAGAAAGAAAGUAUCUCGGUGUUGCGACCUACGUGAAGGCCGAUCUCCAGGAAGUGAUCGAUGCUCUUUCAGAUGGUCAGCUGGACAUGGCGCACAAGAUGAUCACCAAGCGGAUUGAGAUGGAUCAAGUGCGGGAGGAAGGGUUUCUAACACUGAUCAAUGACAAGGAAAAUCAGGUUAAGAUCAUGGUGAGAGGCAGUGGUGAGAAGUAG